UGUGGGCGUUUCAGUGAGCGGUAUUAUUCACAGAUUUUUAUUCAUUAAAAACAAACUAAGCCUAUUGUUGUUGGCGACCACUUGCAAGAUGCUUGUUCUAGUGCUUGGAGAUCUGCAUAUUCCACAUCGCUGCAGCAGCCUGCCAGCCAAAUUCAAAAAGCUGCUGGUGCCCGGCGGAGGUCGUAUACACCAUAUCCUGGCCACGGGUAACAUUUGCACGAAGGAAUCGUACGAUUAUCUUAAAUCGCUGGCCAAUGAUGUGCACAUAGUGCGCGGGGACUUCGACGAGAAUCUCAGCUAUCCGGAGCAGAAGGUGGUGACUGUGGGGCAAUUCCGAAUUGGCCUUUGCCAUGGACAUCAGGUUGUGCCACGUGGGGAUCCGGAAGCCUUGGCACUAAUACAGCGACAAUUGGAUGUGGACAUACUGAUAACGGGGCAUACGUACAAGUUCGAGGCAUAUGAGCACGGCAACAAAUUUUAUAUUAAUCCGGGCUCGGCUACGGGAGCUUUCAAUCCGCUUGAUCCGAACGUGGUACCCUCAUUUGUGUUGAUGGACAUACAAAGCACGACGGUGGUCACCUAUGUGUAUCAACUGAUCGGUGACGAGGUAAAAGUUGAGCGUAUAGAAUACAAGAAGAUAUAGGAUCAAUUCAACCGCACCAAUCAUUCCUCCAGCAAGUCUAAGGUAAUUUGUUUUGAAAUUUAAUUCAAAUGGGCAAUAAAAAAGCUGUUAACGUAACAUACUUUGGACCUGUACUCAUA